AUGUCUCAAUACGAUCACGACAAAGCAGUCGCCUCCAUAAGCCACCAAGUCCGCCAAUUCUUCGAUCAUCCCGCUCAAAAAGGCUUCCGCGUCUUCCAUGGCAGCUCAAACAGCACCAGAGCGCCCCAAUACACGCUCUCGAACACGGUCGACAUCAGCGCGUUAACCCAUAUCCUCGAAAUCGACCCAGAGAAGAUGACUGCAACCGUCGAGCCAAACGUCAAGCUAGGCGCUCUACUAGACGGAUCGUUAGAAUACAGCCUCAUGCCGCCAGUCAUGCCUGAGUUGCCCGAUAUGUCGAUUGGUGGGGCGUAUUCCGGCCAAGCCGGUCAGAGCAGUUGCUUCAAAUGGGGCAUCUUCGACCAGACUGUUCAAGCCAUCGAGAUGAUCCUUGCCGACGGCUCUAUCAGAACGUCGUCAAGAUCUCGCGAGCCAGAGCUUCUCGAACAUGCAGCCGGAGCCUUUGGGACGCUCGGUAUUGUGACCAAGCUCGUCGUUACUUUAGUACCAGCGCCGAAGUUCGUGGAGCUGACCUACCACACCAUCAGCUCCAUGCAGGACGCCUCCACGAAAAGUAUGGAGUUCACACAAGACGAGAAUGUAGAUUACAUAGACGGCAUAAUGUUCGCCUCUACCAGCGGCGUCAUCAUGACGGGCAAGAACGCACCCUCCGCCCCCCAAGGCCAGGUACCCCAAACCUUCACCAACCGCGGCGACCCCUGGUUCUACAUGCACGCGCAGGCCCAACACAACCCCUCCACUCACCGCCCCUCCCAGGAGCCUCCUGUCGUCUAUAUCCCCUUAAUGGACUAUCUCUUCCGCUACCACCGCGGCGGCUUCUGGGUCGGGCAUUACGCCUUCUCCUACUUCCACGUCCCCAACAACCGCCUGACGCGCUACCUCCUCGACAACUGCAUGAGAACCAAAGCCAUAAUCCACGCCUUCCACGAGUCGCCCACGCUGGCGGGGAAAUAUGUAGUGCAAGACAUGGCGGUGCGUCCAGAGCAGCUCGCGGACUUCAACGAACAGAUUGAUGGGAUUUUUGGAGCGAUGUGGCCCCGCUAUCUCUGCCCGCUCAAGGGCUUGCAGGAGCCGAGGUGGGGCUUGCAGCCUAGAUUGCCAGAGGAUGUGGUGGGUGGGGGGAGGGAGAGUGUGAUGGCUAUUGCAACGGGGCUGUAUGGCGGGCCGAGGAAGCGCGAGGAGUUUUUGGGGGAGAAUGUGAGGAUGGAGAGGGUUUUGGGGGAGAUGGGUGGGGUGAAAGGAUUGUAUGCGCAGUUUUAUGGGAGUGAGGAGGAGUUUUGGGGGAUGUGGAAUCGGGAGUAUUAUCAGGGGGUGAGGAAGAGCUAUGGGGCGGAGAGUCUGCCUGAUGUGUAUGAGAAGGUUAAGUGGAAGGCGCCGAGGGAGGUGAGGAGGUGGAGGCAUUUUGAUUGUGUUGAUGGGUUGAUAGGGGUUACCAAGUGGAUCCGUGGGAGUGACUGGAUGAGAGGUGGGAGGUGA